AACCAUUUCCUUGUUUAUAUCAGGAAUGUGUCUGUACAUUUAAAUCACUCAAUGCACUUAAAGUUCACCUGUCCCGCCUUCACACAAAAAGUCUGGAUCCCCAACCAUGUGUAGAUGUACCAGUUAAGUUUAGCUGUUUAUCAUGUGGGUUUGCUGAGUCUUGUUUUGAGACUGACUUCUUUACUCACCUGCAUACUGUACACUUUAAAGUAAACCAUAAGGUGAGGUGUCCUUUUAAAGAUUGUAACUUUGAGAGCAGUGUCUACUCUACCUACAAAGCACACAAAAGUAAAGUACACAACCACCAGAAUUGGAAGAGCUUUAAGCCAGACAUUAUUGGUUGCGAUUAUGCAGACCAUAGCACUGAUGCUGUACAAGAAAACAUGCCGCAUGUUGACGAUGCACAGGAAUUUGAAGAGUUAAGUGAAGAAGCCAGUGAGAGUGAUCUUUGUGAUUUAGGAAGACAGCUGGAGCACAACUUUGCAUCACUUCUGUUAAAGAUGCAAACGAUUUUGCACAUACCCGAGAGUGCUGUGCAAGAAGUGAUUCAACAGCUUUGUCAAUUAAAUGAGCUGUCACAGCCACUUCUACAAAGCAGAGUGAGGGUGGUGUUACAGAAAUAUUAUACAGAUGUAAGUGAGACAGUACUGAAAGAAAUGAUGAGUGCUGUGUCAGAAAGUAACACAUUGACAUUUUGUGCCACAAAUGGACCCUUAGGAACAUCUAAAAGGAGAGCAGCCUAUGUACGCAAGGAGUUUCCACUGGUAAGCCCCAUAGAAUAUGUUGUGGAAAAAGGCCAGAAACCUCUUGCUUAUGUUCCCAUUAUUCACAUGCUCCAGAAGUUGCUUAACAAAAAUGACAUUCUGGACAAAGCCAUGUCAGAAGGACUCAAUUUCCCGCAAGAAUACAGAUCAUAUGGAGAUGGGCUAUGUUUUAAGGAAAAUGCUCUUUUGACAAAAGGUGAAUUCACAAUUGCCCUUGGCCUCUAUAUUGAUGACUUUGAAGUAGCCAAUCCUCUUGGAACGUCAAAGUUGAAGCAUAAAAUGUGUGCUGUAUAUUGGGUCAUUGCCAACAUGCCUGCAAAAUACAGGUCAACCCUCAGCUCAAUUCAGCUUGCCUUGCUAUGCAAUACCUCCACUGUUAAACAGUGUGGUUAUGCAAAAGUGCUUCAGCCACUUAUUUAUGAUCUAAAGUUGCUGGAACAAGAUGGCAUUUAUCUGGAGCAACUAGGUGCAAGUGUGAAAGGCACAGUCCUAUAUGUUGCCGCUGAUAAUCUUGGUGCCCACUCUCUUGCAGGAUUUUUGGAGAGCUUCACGACUGACAAAUUCUGCAGAUUCUGUCUGGCAAGUCGGAGAGACAUUCAACAAUUAGAGAUGGCUGUACAACAUACCUUAACCAUGAGGGUUAUUGUCUCUGAUGGAGAUAUAAGAAAGAUGACAAUGCCAACACGACCUCACACACUGGACGAUUUGAUUGGCUGGCUCCAAGGCACUCUACAAACAAACUACAACUUCUCCUUACAGUACCAAGACCCUGAAUUUAACAAUGAACUCUGUAACCUUACAGAUAUCUCUGAACUUCCAGAGAAACCAAGCAUCAAAAUCAUCCCCAUAAUUGAGUUUGUUCCAAUAACAACUGAAUCAGUUAGUGAUGCAAGCAGCCAUGCAGACACUGACAUCCUGUCCAGUACCUCUCUGGAUAGAAGUCAUUGUUGGCCAGAUAUUUUUGACAUCCCUACAUUUUCGGUGGAUGUGGAGUACAGACUUCGUCAAGGUAACCUAUUGUACUUGAAGGAUGGUACCUUUCUUAAAGUGACAAAAGAACUAAAACAUGACAUCUUGGAGAAACUGGCUGAGACAAUGUAUGCAUUUAAAGCAUACCCAACAAAACAAGAUUUUGAGACUGUUGCAAAAGCCUUGGUACAAGCACACCCAUGUCUUGCAGAAUCGGGCUCACCUUCUGGCUGUGAUGGAUGGAAGAACAGCCUUAAGUUCAAGAUGGGUAAUUACAGGACCAAAAUGCGGCAGCUGGGUCGACUUGAUGUCUCCGUCAAUGCUGGCAAGCGUGGAAGACAAACUACAAAUGGUGACCCCCCCAACAAAGACAUCAAGAAACCAAGGAAGGGGGAAAUAAAUUACCUACCUGACUAUCCAGAGGGGAUGGAUGACCAUAACCUGGAAGGAGCUCGUCAGAUUCUGGUUCAUGAAAUGAUGAAGUCCAAGCCAAAUAUUUCCCUUGUUAAGAAAGAAAUGGAUGUGACAUUUGCUCUUCGGAGAAAAGAAGUGGUCAGAGACAAGCCUGCCAUCAGCGAGGUGGUACAUCGCUGGCCAGCACUUUUCACAGAAAGUCAGGUUUGUAUGAUUUAAGUAUUAAGAAAAA